AUGUCGUCUCAAGCCGGCUCCGCACAGCUGUUGCUCAACGGACUUCCACCGCGCACGCAAAUAACGGUUGAUGCACAUUCCGAAACAUAUGUGAUCAACGAGCGCUUUUCGGGCAUCAAGUCACUUCCUACCGGCUGGCAUUGUAUUUCUUGGAGCAUUCCAUCGUCCGAUUCUUCCACUGACCAAUGCGCCUCAGCUAGACCGUCCGAAGUAUCACUACGUAAUGUUCUGCUCCGAUGGUUCGACGACGGAGAAACCGCGGUUCGAGAGCUAGACCGCUUGCAGCAAACGCUCGUCGUUCCUGAUCAGCUCUUGUCUUGCUCAACUGCUGUAUCUACUUCCAGUAGUACAAGACCAAAGCGUUAUCGUAAAUCGCGGGCAAUGAAUGCCUCUGGUGUUCAAACCGUAUCGAUGCUUGUCACGCCGGAAGUGCUGAGCGCCGUUGAGCCACGUCUGUUACCGUAUCCAGAGGAUGCAGGACAUAUGUGGCGUCAGGCAACGCGGCAUCUCAGCCUGGAUCGAGGUGGGAUGGGUCGACAAGUUGUUGCCAGAGUCGUUGGUGUCGAAAUUGCAAGCGGAGAUUUCACGACGGAUAGCCUUUCGACCGGGCCGAGCAGAUGGAACGAUGCCAAGGAAGAAGAGCAGCUCCAACGCACAACGGGUGCAUUGGGCAGGAAAGAGGAUGGCAAGCUCAUUUGGGGCAAAUCGAGGCGAUUGCAAGCCAAAACGUCUGAGGUCGAGGUGCAAGAUGAUAUGGAGAAUGGAGUGGAGGAUGCAGUGGAGCACAAGAGCCGAAAGCGCUCGGCAUCGAUAGAGUCGAUAGAAGGAGAGAGGGAUGAUGGCCAACUGGCAUUUACACGUUUCGAGCUGAGACGCAGCUGGCCGGCGAAUUCGAUCGGUGCUGAAAUCACACGAUGGAGCCAAGACAAGAGCUGGCUUUUACGCGAUGUAGCGCGGCGUAGUUGGUUGGGCAUUUCGCAUUCUGCGUAUUCUGCUGAUGGAGACGGCUGGUUCGUAGGUUUGUUGUGCGAGUUCGAACUGGCAUUCGUCGUGUUCAUUACAGCCAACAAUGCGUAUGCUUUCGAACAGUGGAUGGACAUGGUCGCGCUGUUUUGUCGCGCAUCUUCGCUGAUUGGUGCGCAAUCCGCUUUUCAGCUACACCCAUCCACCCAGAUCUCGUCUCCUCGCACGGACCGAGACAUCCACCUCAACGCCCACAUAGCGUUCCUCAACACCCUCCACACUCACGUUUUCAUUCUGCCUACCGACUUCUGGUCCUCCCAAUCUACGACACAGCAAGAAUCUCAGUUGCUCAAAAACCUCGACAUCCUACGUGCAAACAUCGCCCGCUCUCUCUCGACUCCUUGUCACUAUCAACACACCGUGGACGAAGACCAGCGAGAACAGCUCGUCAAAGCGUGGCGAGCCCUCUCUCACACCACCUCAUCCAGGUUCGGCUGGUCUCUAGAUCACAGACUCGACGAAGAGGCCGAAGUGUACGACGAUAUCGAGGCGGAACAAGGCGAAGACGCACCCGUAGUUGUCGACCUGUGA